UUUUUUUUUUAGCCCGUCGCUAAAAUUUACGUGUCUGUGUAUUCUCUACCAUUUCUGCCAGCAGCCAGUAAAAACCAUUUUAACUUUCAAUGACGGUCGACGAUGAAUCGUUUGAAGGCUGGCAGGGCUCAGUCUGACGAAGCUGAAAAGUACGCGGGGAAGUUCCCUAGGAAAUCCCCCUUCGACUGUUCGGGGAUAUUAUGCUCGACAAUGAUGCGCCAAACCCCCGACACAAUCGAGCUCGUCGAUCCAUUUCUAACGACCCGGGGCCGGGAGCUGAGGCGUCAAAUGGUGGAUUACUGAGAGCGAUCUUUCUGUUUUAACCUACCAGACCUGCAAUGGACGACGGCAGUAUGAAGACGGAGAACGACGCGCUGAAAGACAAAUUCCGGAGUUACAGCACGCUGAACACCCUCUACCACGAGACGCGGCAGGAAAUCGACCUUCUGAACAAACAGAUCUUUCUGAAGGACAAUAUCAUCGCGGAUUUGAAAGCGAGGCUGGGGAGAUACGAGAGGAUCUACAUGACGGUGGGAGAUCACGAGUCUGUGGUCAUCGGGCCGUCCAAGUCCUUGCUGGAGAGCUUGUGUAAAGAAAUAUGCAAACUGAAACAGAAGAGGAACGAUAUGGAGUUCAAGGCGUCUCGACAAGAAGAGGAGAUCCAGAAGCUGAGUUUGCAGCUCCGAGAGAAGGAGCUGGAGCUGGAGCGUGUCAGGUGCCAGCCGGACCACGAGAAGGACCAGGAGAUCGAGAGACUGCGGUCGGCCUUGGAGGAGAGGGAGCGGUCCGAGGCCACCAGAGCGGUCCUCUGCACCUCCCUGGCGGAAGAGGCUGACCAGCUGCGCAGCCAGCUCGGUGCAACCGUGAAGGUGUGCCAGGAGCUGCUGGCGAGGCUAGAUAAAAAGAAGGGGGAAGGAGAAAUGGAGGAGGUGGCCCAGCAGCAAAAGGAUAAGGAGACAGCAGAGCCGUCCGACAUGAGUGCGGUUAAAGCUCAAAUCCGUCAACUUCAGGAGGAGAAUAAACAGCUAAAGCAGCGAGUGACCUACGUACAAGGUUUGAAUUCCCAGUGGCAGAAGUAUGACUCUAGCAGGGAGGAUUAUAUCAGAGGUUUAUGUCAGAGGCUGAAGGAGACCACUGGGCAGGGCUUGAUGCCUGGGAUGGGUUCCGUCAGCAGUGGGUUGCUUCAUCAGGAGAUUUCCAGGCUCAACGGCUUACUGGAGGACAAGAUGAGUGAGUGUGCAAGGCUGGGUAGAGAAGUGGAGGAGAUAAGGAGGCAAGACCAAGAGUGCAUCCAGACGCUGGAGCAGCAGGUCCUCAUCUAUGCAGAGGACUUUAAGUCGGAGCGAACUGACAGAGAGCGAGCACAGGGCCAGAUCCAAGACCUGAAGGACCAAGUUUAUCAAUUAAAACAGCAGCUACACAAACAGCAGGGAGCUAGCAGAGAGAACAGAGAAGUGGUUCCCAUGUGUCGUGUGCACAUAGGACACAGGAUCUCCUCGAGGCGCCAGAAGGACAAUGCAGAGCAUCUACUGAGGACCGCCGCUGAGACGCAGCAACAGCCUGCGGCCGCAGCGGAGAAGCCCAACCCCGCCUGGAACGAAUGCCCGGGCCUGUCAGAGUUGCAGUGCCCACGAUGCCAGGCCAAGUUCAACGACACGGACACUGUAGAGUACCUGAAACAUUGGGAAGAGUGUGCCAAACUAUAAACAGAACACUGAUUUGCUGACAGCAACUGAACACUGAUGAGCAGCACUACACAGCAGAAAAUGACCCGAGUGGAGUUUCCCGUUUGGAGAGGCUUGACUACAAAAACGACUGACUUAAGAUGUUUGUACAUAGGGAAGCAAAACUGCACAAUCCACAGUGCCCCUGUUGCAAGAGAAAUUAGUUCAUCAAGUCUCUCUAAGUCUGCAUAGUUUAAAAGAAAGAAAGUAUCAGAUUUGGAGCCCUGUCCUUUGGCCAUGCAGGAGAUUAUUGUGGAGGGGAAGAGGAUGUCAAUGCAAUAUAUCAAAUAUCAUAUACCUCAAUGUGUCGAAUUACAAACCUGUUGCACUUUCUUGACAUUCAGGCAGAAACUAAUCGUAGGAUCAUACGAGUAAAAGAUUCAUGAUGCAUAAGCUUCUUAUUGUGGAUCUAGACAACUAGUUGAUAAUGUGGUGCUAAUAGCAGUUUAUUUUUGAUUGAACUUUGCAUAUUCUGUAAAUUAUAUUAAAAUAGAUUUAAAAUGUAUAACUAUUAUAUUAAUAUUUAUUCUUUUUGCAUAUGUAAUUGGAAAAGGCAAAUCAUUUUAGUGCCUUUUUUUUCCACCAAAGCCAUAAAAGAUUUUUAUAUAUAUAUAUAUAUAUAAAAGUUUGUUUUGUUUUUUCUUCUUCCCGGUAAACUUUUGGGAUCAAAAAUGUUAAAUACAUUUCAACUGGAAAAAAUGAGAUCCACUUUUCGAAACAGUGUAUGUAAAGAUUCCCAACUGACAAUAUGCUUAUUUUUGGAUAUCUGGUGCUGUUUUUUUCUCAAACUGGCACAUUAUUUUUGUAAUAAAAGAUUGUUU